AUAUAGAAAACAUGAUAUUUGCUGCUCAGGAAUGUGUCUGUUCCUGCAGUCUGGGCUUUUGCUGAAAUCAGAGGUCCAUAUCCGAAUUUUCUCUGCACGAGCUCCAUGGAAGCUAGCAGAGUUUUCCCAAUUUUUAUCCGGUGUGAUGGAGAGAAGAAAAGAGAUCUGUUGUCUUCUUUCUGAUGCAUCAGAAACCCGAGGGCCCCUGCCAUGGUUUUAUAUGCCCUGGGGUCCCACAAUUUCAGCUGCUGGAUAGACUGGAGGAAAAGACAUCCUCCGACCCGCUUCAGUUCUCGCUUCUCAAAAAGGGCUCCAAGGAGAGAAGUGGGGAGAAAACUGGGAGGCAGACAGGCUCCGGGGCACACUCUGCAGGGCUUUCCAAUGGCUAUUGCCUGCUUUGGGAUGACUCCUGGUCUGUCUGGGAGGGUCUCUCUGUGCCCGCACCAGCAGUACCCGGCCGGCUGCUCCCAAACCUCCACCCAGUGCAUCUCAGGGAGCUUCUGCCACCCCGACAGCACCUGUGGGGUGGCCCUGUGGUGGCAGUGGGGGCAUGCAGGGGGCUGUGAUGUCCCCAAAAAAGAGAGGCAGCAACCCCAGCUGGGGCCAGAGCGACAUGCUCACUCUCUGCCUCGCUGCAUGUGCGAAGGGGGCACCCCAAAAUCCCAUGUGGGGACACAGGGGGGGCUCCGCAGGGGUCCCCGUCCCAGCGUCAUGCUGUGCAUCUCCUGGGGUGGGGGUGGUGGGGGGUGGUGGUCGUGAGCUAUCUUUUAUUCGAGGUGCAUUCCCAAGAUUUUAGUUAAGUGUAACAUAAAACUGUGAAAGUUUAGCAGGGGAAAAGCUUUCCUCCCACCGACCUGGCCGGCCAAUCAGAAGGGAGCCCCGCACCUCCCUCACUUCUGACAACUAUUUAGCAACUGAGCUCAGCUAAAGUUUCCAAAAAGUUAGAAUAACUUCCUCUCUCCGAGACCUCAAUUUUUUUGCACAACCCCGUCCUUGAAAUAAGAGCCCUUCAAGCAACCUGGAAAACGUUUGGUCAGCAAAAAAAAAAAAAACCCUCCUGUUUUUCCAAAGGAUCUGUCUCAGGAAUUUAAAGCACAUUUAAGACACACACACUCACAUAACAUAAGGAGGGGGGGAAAGGCUCUUCCCCUCCCCUUCUUGCAGAAAGCAUGGAAGAAAGCUCCAGUUCUCCUGUUUCCCCUGUGGAUAGCUUGGGGACCAGUGAAGAGGAGCUGGAAAGGCAGCCAAAGAGAUUUGGCAGGAAGAGAAGAUACAGUAAGAAGUCCAGCGAAGAUGGCAGCCCCAACCCAGGGAAGAGGGGGAAAAAGUCUAGUCCCAGCUCCCAAUCCUAUGAAGAACUGCAGAGCCAGAGGAUCCUGGCCAAUGUCAGAGAGAGGCAGAGGACUCAGUCGCUCAAUGAAGCUUUUGCCGCCCUGAGGAAAAUCAUCCCCACGUUGCCCUCUGACAAACUCAGUAAAAUCCAGACCCUCAAGCUCGCGGCGCGGUAUAUAGACUUCCUCUACCAGGUGCUACAGAGCGACGAGAUGGACAGUAAGAUGACGAGCUGCAGUUACGUGGCUCACGAGAGGCUGAGUUAUGCCUUCUCAGUGUGGAGGAUGGAGGGAGCGUGGUCCAUGUCGGCCUCACACUAGCCACCGCCCGGCCGAGGCAAGCGCGGCUGCCGAAGGGACUGUCCAGUGUCUGAGACUGAAGUGGAAUUGGGAUGUAUCCAAGUUUGUAGCUUCUGAAACCUUAACAACCUCAAGUAAACUGGUCCAAAAGACCCCUCUUGACCUCCCUCGCUCUGAACUCUUGCAGAGCACUUAGACUGAGCAGAAACCAGCACCAAAGCUAACGGUCUGAAACUUUGCAACAUCUCUCCCCAAGUGACUGACCAAAGAGAAAAGAGAAGCAACAUUCCUGAUUGUUCGUUGUUGUUGGGUUUUAUGUCUGUGUGUCUGUCUGUGCGUUUGGUUUUAUUUUUCUUUUUUUUUUUUUUUCUGAUAAAUCUUAAUUCAGGAAUACCUUUAUGAGAAAUCUUUGGGUUUGGAUUUUAUUUCCCCUUACCUGUAUUCUUUUUUUUUUUCCUUUUUUUUUUUUUUUUUUAGUUCAAAACAUGAUUUCUUGUACAGUAGUGUCAAAACUGGACCAAGGCUCUCAGAAAAAAAAAAGGAAGAAAAAAGGCCUCAGUGUCCCCAGCUCCCUGCAUGAUUUGUUUCAAGUACAGCCUGGACUACAGACUGCCCUCCACACUCUGCUGCCUCUUCCUUAUUGCGCCAUGAUUUGCUACAGCUCCCAGCCCCCCCUCCCCUCCUUUUUAUUUUCAUUUUCUGUUCCAGUGUAUAUGUUGCUUAUUUGUUUUAUUUAUUGAGAUAUUUUUAACGAGCUAAGAGACUGCAAUGUCGCUGUGUAUACUGCUUCUCUUGCCAAUAAAAAUAAAGAUGUCAUGCAGCUAC